AGCUAUAUAGCGAAAGACGUAUAACACCUGACACUGGGGAUCUUUAGGAUUUCGCUCGUGCCCCUUGGUCAACACAGUCGCAAACACGAAGACAAAUUUUGCACUGCGAUACAACGACGGUAAUCGCUCAGAGGCUUGUAUGUUUCAUGAAGUGAAUUACUAUGUCUUCGCCAGGGAAUAGCGGGGAAGAGCCAUCACAGCGGCAAAUUGACAUCGCGGAUUUACUUAGAGCUCUAAGCGUUUCAGCAUCCGACACGCUGGUCACUGAGCUAAGGGCCUUACGAUGCCUUGGAGCUGCUCGCCAGGCAUGCCGAGCCCUGCGAGACAUCAUCGACGGCAGCCUGCGAGAGCUUCAUUUGACCGUGCGCACCGCUGACUACGAAAGGUGAAAAGAUGGCCGCCAUCCCUUCUCCUGGCGCUGGCCCCGUUGCCAUUCCUUUGAAAUUACUUACAACGUCGACCUUCAUUUAAGGCCCUCCGAUGUCGCGGGCCUGCUUGUGCUCCCUUUUGCCGCUAUGGGGGACAAGCAGUGCAUCAGGUGCCUUUGUUUGGCUGAUGCGGUGAACAGUGCCAUCCCGGACCCUGAGGGGGUAGUAGCAAUGCUCGUGCACCACCUGCCUGGGCUGCGGGAGCUUACCUUGCGGUGCUGCACCGAGAUGUCUUACGAGCCGUUUGCACAGCAGCUUAUGUUUCGCAGCAUUCGGGCAUCCCUGCCGCAACUGGAGCGGCUCGUGCUCCCCAGCUGCUUCGCAUUGGAGUACGUGGGGAUGCUCGGCAGCAACCUCAGGAAGCUGGAAGUGGUUGAGGGUGAUGCCUGUGCAAUCCACAUCGACAAUAAGAGGGCGACUUCGGUGGCAGAGCUGCAAGCACUAGAGGAACUCAAGUUUGCCCACUGCGCAUUGGAGGAUUACAUGGCCAUCGACCGUGAACACCACACACCGCUACGGCAGCUGCUGUGCAGCCUGCCGCCCUCCCUUCGAAGGCUGCAGCUGGAGCACUGCACGGUUAAAUCCGGCACGGGCGGGCGGCACACCGCGAACGCGGAUGUCCAUCUGGAGGCUGGCAACAUCACAUCCAUAGUUCUCAACCCCAACGUGACGGGGACCUUGUCACUGCGGCGUCUUGCUGAGCAAGGGUUUUUUGCAAGUUUAGCAGACAGUCAAGUAGCACCUCGGCUGCAGCAGGCGCGGCUGCGAAUAAAGCACUUGGACAUUGAUAACGAUGAGCCUGUGGCAGAAGCGGAUCUCCAGCCUGUGCGGUCCGUGCUGCGGUGCUUUGCGAAGGUCGAGGUUGAGUCAAUCUGCCUGGUCCGGCGCAGGACCUCUCUGGCCGCCGUACGGCAGGCUCUUGCCAUGCUGUGUGGGGCUGAGCCGGAAGUCCUCUACACGUUGCCGGUCAAACAGAGCGCAGAUGGCAUCAUGUUCUGUCGGGAUGGGUUCAAGCUCCAACUGUUGCAAAGGCCGCACCCGGAACAAGCAGUUGGGGAGCGGCAGGAGCAGCAGGCGUUCCCAGCAGCAGCCACAUCACAGCCACUGGCGCUGUUCCCGUCUCGAAAAGACCUGCUGCAACACGUGCUGCAGCGAGUAGUGGCAGACUCGCCUUCAGAAGCACCGGCAACGAGCUUCAGCAACGCCGGGACUGGGCGCUCCUCAGUUGGGGUGCUGCUGCAGGGUCCCUUGGUGGCCAUGCUUACCCAGGGGCGGGUCUUGGUUAAGAGCUGGAUAACGACGCUCCUAGAGCGGACUGAGGGCAUGCAUUACACCCUUCGAAAGGGGCUCAUGUACUGGGUGCUGACCCCGGCCGCGGCGGUUGUUCUCGAUGCGCCCAACAAGGUGUUGGCGCGAGCGAUUGCGGAGGCGGCAAGUGUGUUGGCUGAAAUGGCGGGGGCGGUUGGUUCCCUGCGGGCAACGGUGGUAACGGUGGAGGUGCCUCCGAUGUUCGUUAGCUCCUUUUCGGGCGUCGUUUCAGGAGAUGUGUUGCCCAAGGUGGUCCAGGAGGCGUGGGACGCCGCGGCCCCGCAGCCCGGCGAGGCCGGCGGCAACAUCGGCUGGCGGCGGCUGGAGUGGCUGCUGGGGCUGAGGGAGGGGCUGCUCGUCUUACCUGAGAGGGAGGCCCUGCACCCUUCAUGAGUGCAGCAGCACCCGGGGCGCGGGACGGCAGGCAGGGAAUGGCAGGGAGUGGAUGGCAGGCAGGGAACGGCUGGCAAGGAAUGGAGGCAGCCUAGAGCUGUGCAUGAAGGUGCCAGGAUGCGGGUGUUAGGGCGCAGGGGUAGGUUGCGCGACAUUGUUUCACAGCGCGGCAAUGUUGGGACGAACAGUUCUGUGUCUUGACAUGUAGGUCACAUGUAAUGCUUUUUGCGUGUUGUGGGUGUUGGUGGCGUGGGGACAUGGCUUGCUGCAUUUGAAAGGCUGGUGUCCUGGUUGGCUCGUGCUUGGCAGGGGCUUGUCGUGGCAACAGCCGUAGGUACGGCCGUUUCCGUUUAAUAGGUUGCGGUGGGGUAACGUUGCGGGGUACAGCUGCUGCCAGAUGAGUGGCGGGCUUCGCAUGGGCGGGCUGCGGUCACAUGUAGCAUGUUUUGGUCUACAGCUUGCAGCCGUACGUGCCGUGUAAGAACAUUGGCACGACCAUUAAAGCACUUACGGUAGCAGCUGUACGUGUCGGGGCAUACCGGUCCAAUGGUCCUAUGUAGGCAAGUGGCCGUAGGAACGUAUACCGGUAAGCUGACUCAUAAUAAACCAUCCAUGUAAACCGCC